CAGUGUUGUCUAGCAGGCUAUGUGUUGCUGUGCAUCUCUAAUUGGUGGGUUCUGGCUGCGCUGUAUGCUGGUUGGCUGUAUCUGGACAGGGACACACCCACCAGCGGAGGUCGGAGGUCAGAGUGGCUUCGGAACUGCAGCGUCUGGAAACACUUCAGAGACUACUUCCCUCUCAAUGUAAGACUGACCUCUAACCUGAACACUAACAGGCUUCCAAAAUUGUCAAAGACUCCAGCCACCCUAGUCAUAGACUGUUCUCUCUGCUACCGCACGGCAAGCGGUACCGGAGUGCCAAGUCUAGGUCCAAAAGACUUCUCAACAGCUUCUACCCCCAAGCCAUAAGACUCCUGAACAGCUAAUCAUGGCUACCCGGACUAUUUGCACUGCCCCCCCCACCCCAUCUUUUUACGCUGCUGCUACUCUGUUAAUUAUUUAUGUAUAGUCACUUAACUCUACCCACAUGUACAUAUUACCUCAACUACCUCAACUAGCCGGUGCCCCCGCACAUUGACUCUGCACCGGUACCUCCCUGUAUAUAUAGCCUCCCUACUGUUAUUUUAUUUUACUGCUGCUCUUUUUUUCUCAACACUUUUUUGUUGUUGUUUUAUUUUACUUUUUUUUAUAAAAAUAAAUGCACUGUUGGUUAAGGGCUGUAAGUAAGCAUUUCACUGUAAUGUCUGCACCUGUUGUAUUCGGCGCAUGUGGCCAAUAAAAUGUGAUUUGAUUUGAUUUGAUUUAUGGGCCGUAACUUUAGCAGAGUGUGAGACGCUACAAACACACACACCAAUACACACACACACACCAAUACACACACCAAUACACACACACCCAAACACACACCAAUACACACACACCAAUACCACACACACACCAAUACACACACCAAUACACACACCAACACACACACCAAUACACACACACACCAAUACACACACACCAAUACACACACACACCAAACACACACACCAAUACACACCACACACACCAAUACACACACACACCAAUAACACCACACACACACCAAACACACCACACCAAACACACAACACACACACACCAAUACACACACACACCAAAACACACACACACAUCAAUAUACACACACACACACACCAAUACACACACACACCAAUACACACACACACACCAACACACCCACACACCAAUACCAACACACACCAAUACACACACACACCAAUACACACAACACACACACCAAUACACACGUAACACACACCAAUACACACAACACCACAACACACAAUACACACACACAAAACACACACAAAUACACAAACACACCACACACAAACACACACAAUACACACAACACACAACCACAACACACAAAACAACCACAUACACCACACACCAAUACAAAACACACACACAACACAACCAAACACAACACACACCAAUACAACACCAACACACACAAUACAAACACACACACCACAUACCAAACACACACACAACACAAAACACAAACCACACCAAACACAACACCAAACAAACAACACACACCCCAAAUACAAACACACACACACCAAACACACACACACAUACAACACCACCAUACAAAACACACCACCACCAAUACAAACGCAACACACCCCCAAAACACAACACACACAAACACAACACAACACCCAAUACAAAACACAACACACCAACAAACACACACACACACCAAUACAAAACCACACAACAAAACAACACAACACACACACACAAUACCACACACACACCAAUACACACACACCAUCACACACACAACACACCAAACACACACACACUAAUAAACACACACACAUCAAUAUAUUUUCUGCUGUCCUCUCCCUCCUCUGCUCUCCUCUGCUCUCUCUCUCUCUCGACUCUCCCUCUCUCUCUCUCUCUCGUCCUCCCAAUUCUCUCUCUCUCUCUCUCCUCUCUCUCUCUAUUCCAUCCUCUCUCUCUCUCUCUCUCUCUCUCUCUCUCUCUCCUCUCCCCCUCUCCACUCCCCCUCUCUACUCCCCCUCUCUAUCUAUCCCUCUCUCUCUCCAGCUCAUAAAGACGGUGGAUCUGGACCCUGAUUCUAACUACAUCUUUGGGUUCCACCCCCAUGGUGUUCUGGUGGCGGGGGGCUUUGGGAACUUCUGUACGGAGGCAUCAGGGUUCUCCUCGCUGUUCCCUGGGCUGACCCCCUACCUCCUGAUGCUGCCCUUCUGGUUCAGAAUACCCUUCUUCAGGGACUACAUCAUGUGUGGAGGUUAGUACUCUAACCUCUGACCUAUAACCCCUAAUCUCUGACCCUAAUACCCCUCUUCAGGGACUACAUAGUGUGUGGAGGUUAGUAACCCUGACCUCUAACCCCUAAUCUCUGACCCUAAUACCCCUCUUCAGGGACUACAUAGUGUGUGGAGGUUAGUAACCCUGACCCCUGACCCCUAAUCUCUGACCCUAAUACCCCUCUUCAGGGACUACAUAGUGUGUGGAGGUUAGUAACCCUGACCCCUAAUCUCUGACCCUAAUACCCCUCUUCAGGGACUACAUAGUGUGGAGGUUAGUAACCCUAACCCCUAACCCAUAAUCUCUGACCCUAAUACCCCUCUUCAGGGACUACAUAGUGUGUGGAGGUUAGUAACCCUAACCUCUAACCCCUAAUCUCUGACCCUAAUACCCCUCUUCAGGGACUACAUAGUGUGUGGAGGUUAGUAACCCUGACCUAUAACCCCUAAUCUCUGACCCUAAUACCCCUCUUCAGGGACUACAUAGUGUGUGGAGGUUAGUAACCCUGACCCCUAAUCUCUGACCCUAAUACCCCUCUUCAGGGACUACAUAGUGUGUGGAGGUUAGUAACCCUGACCUAUAACCCCUAAUCUCUGACCCUAAUACCCCUCUUCAGGGACUACAUAGUGUGUGGAGGUUAGUAACCCUGACCCCUAACCCCUAACCUCUGACCCUAAUACCCCUCUUCAGGGACUACAUAGUGUGUGGAGGUUAGUACUCUAACCUCUAACCCCUAAUCUCUGACCCUAAUACCCCUCUUCAGGGACUACAUAGUGUGUGGAGGUUAGUAACCCUGACCCCUAACCCCUAAUCUCUGACCCUAAUACCCCUCUUCAGGGACUACAUAGUGUGUGGAGGUUAGUAACCCUAACCCCUAAUCUCUGACCCUAAUACCCCUCUUCAGGGACUACAUAGUGUGUGGAGGUUAGUAACCCUGACCUUUAACCCCUAAUCUCUGACCCUAAUACCCCUCUUCAGGGACUACAUAGUGUGUGGAGGUUAGUAACCCUGACCCCUAACCCCUAAUCUCUGACCCUAAUACCCCUCUUCAGGGACUACAUAGUGUGUGGAGGUUAGUAACCCUGACCUUUAACCCCUAACCUCUGACCCUAAUACCCCUCUUCAGGGACUACAUAGUGUGUGGAGGUUAGUAACCCUGACCCCUAACCCCUAAUCUCUGACCCUAAUACCCCUCUUCAGGGACUACAUAGUGUGUGGAGGUUAGUAACCCUGACCUCCAACCCCUAAUCUCUGACCCUAAUACCCCUCUUCAGGGACUACAUAGUGUGUGGAGGUUAGUAACCCUGACCCCUAAUCUCUGACCCUAAUACCCCUCUUCAGGGACUACAUAGUGUGUGGAGGUUAGUAACCCUGACCCCUAAUCUCUGACCCUAAUACCCCUCUUCAGGGACUACAUAGUGUGUGGAGGUUAGUAACCCUGACCCCUAACCCCUAAUCUCUGACCCUAAUACCCCUCUUCAGGGACUACAUAGUGUGUGGAGGUUAGUAACCCUGACCCCUAACCCCUAAUCUCUGACCCUAAUAACCCUCUUCAGGGACUACAUAGUGUGUGGAGGUUAGUAACCCUGACCUCUGACCUAUAACCCUUGACCCUAAUACCCCUCUUCAGGGACUACAUAGUGUGUGGAGGUUAGUAACCCUGACCCCUAACCCCUAAUCUCUGACCCUAAUACCCCUCUUCAGGGACUACAUAGUGUGUGGAGGUUAGUAACCCUGACCCCUAACCCCUAACCUCUGACCCUAAUACCCCUCUUCAGGGACUACAUAGUGUGUGGAGGUGAAGCUGAGUCUCUGUGAGCUGUCUGAGUGGUUAGUGUGUGUAGUGUGUGUAGUGUGUAGUGUGUGUAGUGUGUGUAGUGUGUGUAGUGUGUAGAGUGUGUGUGUAAUGUGUGUGUGUGUACACACUGUGUUUUCUCAGUCACAGGGUUGUCCAGUUGUGAAAGUUUCUGUUGAAAUGUCUGACAACGCUGACCAAGUAGGUAACACUGACACACACUGACACACACACACACACACACACAUAUCUCCCCCCUCCUGACUCAACUCUAUUUCACAACAGGCCAGUGGCUGACUGCGUAAAUACAGUGUGUGAGCUCGCAUGUACUUGUCUGUGUGUUACCUUCAGUGUCAAUAGGUCCUGAAUACAUGUCUCUCUCUCUGUGUCUACAGGGUCACCUUCAGAACAUCCUGAAUACAUGUCUCUCUCUCUCUCUACAGGGUCACCUUCAGAACAUCCUGAAUACAUGUCUCUCUCUCCUCCUACAGGGUCACCUUCAGAACAUCCUGAAUACAUGGUCUCUCUCUGUGUCACCUUCAGAACAUCCUGAAUACAUGUCUCUCUCUCUGUUGUCUACGGUCACCUUCAGAACAUCCUGAAUACAUGUCUCUCUCCUCUCUCUACAGGGUCACCUUCAGCAACAUCCUGAAUACAUGUCUCUCUGGUGUUGUCUACAGGGUCACCUCAGAACAUCCUGAAUACCUGUCUCUCUCUGUGGUCUACAGGGUCACAUUCAGAACAUCCUGAAUACAGCUCUCUUGUGUGUCUACAGGGUCACUUCAGAACAUCUGAAUAACAUGUCUCUCUUAUCUGUGUCUAAAGGGUCACCUUCAGAACAUCCUGAAUUACAGGUCUCUCUCUUCUUACAGGGUUAACCUUCAGAACAUCCUGAAUAAUGUCUCUCUCUGUCUCAACAGGGUCACCUUCAGAACAUCCUGAAUACAUGUCUCUCUCUGUUCUCUACAGGGUCACCUUCAGAACAUCCUGAAUACAUGUCUCUCUCUGUCUCUACAGGGUAACCUUCAGAACAUCCUGAAUACAUGUCUCUCUCUGUCUCUACGGGUUACCUUCAGAACAUCCUGAAUACAUGUCUCUCUCUUGUCCUACGGGUCACCUUCAGAACAUCCUGAAUACAUGUCUCUCUCUGUCUCUACAGGGUCACCUUCAGAACAUCCUGAAUACAUGUCUCUCUCUGGUCUACAGGUCACCUUCAGAAACAUCCUGAAUACAUGUCUCUCUCUCUGUGUCUACAGGGUCACCUUCAGAACAUCCUGAAUACAUGUCUCUCUUGUCUCUACAGGGUCACCUUCAGAACAUCCUGAUACAUGUCCUCCUCUUCUGUUCUACAGGGUCACCUUCAGAACAUCCUGAAUACAUGUCUCUCUCUCGUGUCUACAUGGUCACCUUCAGAACAUCCUGAAUAACAUGUCUCUCUCUCUACAGGGUCACCUUUCAGAACAUCCUGAAUACAUGUCUCUCUCUCUGUGUCCUACAUGGGUCACCUUCAGAACAUCCUGAAUACAUGUCUCUCUCUCUGUGUCUACAGGGUCACCUUCAGAACAUCCUGAAUACAUGUCUCAUCUCUGUGUCUACAGGUCACCUUCAGAACAUCCUGAAUACAAUGUCUCUCUCUCUCUCUACAAGGGUCACCUUCAGAACAUCCUGAAUACAUGUCUCUCUCUCUGGUGUCUACAGGGUCACAUUCAGAACAUCCUGAAUACAUGUCUCUCUCUGUCUCUACAGGGUCACCUUCAGAACAUCCUGAAAUACAUGUCUCUCUCUCUCCUCUACAGGGUCACCUUCAGAACAUCCUGAAUACAUGUCUCUCUCUCUGUGUCUACAGGGUCACCUUCAGAACAUCCUGAAUACAUGUCCUCUCUCUCUGUGUCUACAGGGUCACCUUCAGAACAUCCUGAAUACAUGUCUCUCUCUCGUCUCUACAGGUCACCUUCAGAACAUCCUGAAUACAUGGUCUCUCUCUGUGUCUACAGGGGUCACCUUCAGAACAUCCUGAAUACAUGUCUCCAAAUACCAUCUCUCUGUCUCGACAGGGUCCAACCUUCAGAACAUCCGGAAUAAAUGUCCUCUCCUCUGUGUCUACAGGGUCACCCUUCAGAACAUCCCUGAAUACAUGUCUCUUCUCUGUGUCUAACAGGGUUCACCUUCAGAACAUCCUGAAUACAUGUCCUCUCUCUCUGUGCUCUACACAGGGUCACCCUUCAGAACAUCCUGACUACAUGUCUCUCUCUGUGUCGACCGGGUUCAACCGUCAGAACAUCCCGAAUGACAUGUCUCUCUCUGUGUGUCUACAGGGUCAACGCUUCAGAACAUCCUGAAAUACAUGUCUCUCUCUCUGUGUCUCCAGGGCACCAUUCAGAACAUCCUGAAAAUACAUGUCUCUCUCAUCUGUGUCUAGCAGGUCACCUUCAGAAACAGCCUGAAACAAUGGCUCUCUCUGUGUCUACAGGGUCCACCUUCAGAACAUCCUGAAUACCAUGUCCUCUCUUCUGUGUCCUACAGGGGUCACCUUCAGAACAGCGUGAAUAACAUGUCUCUCUCUCUACAGGGUCACCUUCUAAACAUCCUGAAUACAUGUCUCUCUCCUCUGUGUCUACAGGGUCACCUUCAGAACAUCCUGAAUACAUGUCUCUCUCUCUGGCUGUCUACAGGGUCACCUUCAUAACAUCCUGAUACAGUGUCUCUCUCUUCUGUCUCUACAGGGUCUCCACCUUCAGAACAUCCUGAAUACAUGUCUCUCUCUCUGUGUCUACAGGGUCACCUUCAGAACAUCCUGAAUACAUGUCUCUUCGUCCUGUGUCUGACUAGGUCCCUUCAGAACAUCCUGAAUACAGCUCUCUCGUCCUCAAAAUCCUGAAUCUGUCUCUCUGUGUCACCUUCAGAACAUCCUGAAUACAUGUCUCUUCUGUGUCUACAGGGUCACCUUCAGAACAUCCUGAAUCAUUCUCUACUCUGUGUCUCGUCACCUUCAGAACAUCCUGAAUACAUGUCUCUCUCUGUGUCUACAGGGUCACCUCAGAACAUCCUGAAUACAUGUCUCUCCUCUCGUGUCUACAGGGUCACCUUCAGAACAUCCUGAAUACCAUGUCUCUCUCUGUGUCUACAGGGUCACCUUCAGAACAUCCUGAAUACAUGUCUCUCUCCUCUGGGUCUACAGGGUCUCCUUCAGAACAUCCUGAAUACAUGUCUCUCUCUCCUGUCUACAGGGUCACCUUCAGAACAUCCUGAAUACAUGUCUCUCUCUGCUACAGGGUCACCUUCAGAAACAUCCUGAAUACAUGUCCUCUCUCUCUCUGUGUCUACAGGGUCACCUUCAGAACAUCCUGAAUACAUGUCUCCUCUCUGUGUCUACAGGGUCACCUUCAGAACAUCCUGAAUACAUGUCUCUCUCUCUUCUGUGUCUACAGGGUCACCUUCAGAACAUCCUGAAUACAUGUCUCUCUCUCUACAGGGUCACCUUCAGAACAUCCUGAAUACAUGGUCUCUCUCUCCUCUGUGUCUACAGGGUCACCUUCAGAACAUCCUGAAUACAUGUCUCUCUCUGUCUACAAGGGUCACCUUCAGAACAUCCUGAAUACAUGUCCUCUCUCUGUGUCUACAGGGUCACCUUCAGAACAUCCGAAUACAUGUCUCUCUCUCUCUCUGUGUCUACAGGCUCACCUUCAGAACAUCCUGAAAGCCAUGUCUCUCUCUCUGUGUCUACAGGGUCACCUUCAGAAACAUCCUGAAUAUACAUGUCUCUCUCUGUGUCUACAGGGUCACAUUCAGAACAUCCUGAAUACAUGUCUCUCUCUCUGUGUCUACAGGGUCACCUUCCAGAACAUCCUGAAUACAUGUCUCUCUCUGUGUUACAGGGGUCACCUUCAGAACAUCCUGAAUACAUGUCUCUCUCUGUGUCUACAGGGUCACAUUCAGAACAUCCUGAAUACAGUCUCUCUCUCUGUGUCUACAGGGUCACCUCAGAACAUCUGAAUACAUGUCUCUCUCUGUGUCUACAGGGUCACAUUCAGAACAUCAUCCUGAAUACAUGUCUCUCUCUCUGUGUCUACAGGGUCACCUUCAGAACAUCCUGAAUACAUGUCUCUCUCUCUGUGUCUACAGGUCACCUUCAGAACAUCCUGAAUACAUGUCUCUCUCUGUGUCUACAGGGUCACCUUCAGAACAUCCUGAAUACAUGUCUCUCUCUGUGUCUACAGGGUCACCUUCAGAACAUCCUGAAUACAUGUCUCUCUCUGUGUCUACAGGGUCACCUUCAGAACAUCCUGAAUACAUGUCUCUCUCUGUGUCUACAGGGUCACAUUCAGAACAUCCUGAAUACAUGUCUCUCUCUGUGUCUACAGGGUCACCUUCAGAACAUCCUGAAUAUGUGUGUGUGUAUUGUGUCUGUGUGUGUGUGUAAUUGGGGUUAGGGUGUGUGUGUGUGUAAUUGGGUUUAGGGUGUGUAAUGUGUGUGUAAUUGGGGUUAGGGUGUGUAAUGUGUGUGUAAUUGGGGUUAGGGUGUGUAAUGUGUAUAAUGUGUUUAUGCCAGGUCUGGUAUCCAGUGAGAAAGCCAGUCUGUCCUUCCUGGUCUCCUAGAGGGGUUAGGGUUAGGGUGUGUAAUGUGUGUGUAAUUGGGGUUAGGGUGUGUAAUGUGUGUAAUUGGGGUUAGGGUGUGUAAUGUGUGUGUAAUUGGGGUUAGGGUGUGUAAUGUGUGUAAUUGGGGUUAGGGUGUGUAAUGUGUGUGUAAUUGGGGUUAGGGUGUAUAAUGUGUGUGUAAUUGGGGUUAGGGUGUGUAAUGUGUAUAAUGUGUUUAUGCCAGGUCUGGUAUCCAGUGAGAAAGCCAGUCUGUCCUACCUGGUCUCAGCUCCUAGAGGAGGUAAUGUGGCGGUGGUGGCUGUAGGGGGCGCUCCAGAGUCUCUAGACGCCCGGCCAGGAGCUCUCACCCUUCAGGUUCUACACCGCAAGGGAUUCAUCAAACUGGCACUCAAACACGGG